AUGCAAUUUAACAAGAACGAUGUGUUUUGGGGCAAGAUCUAAGGCUAUCCUUAUUGGCCAUGCACCAUCGCAUACGAUUAACCAGAUAAAUAAAAAUGCAGAGUCUUUUUCUUUGGCGACAAUCAGCAGUUAGUUUAUGUUAUCAUUUUAGAGGGGAACUUAAAUAUCAAGAUCUUAAGCCUUUCGAAGAACACUUUGAACACUAUUGCGGUUAAGCCAAAAAGAAUAAUAAUCUCAAGAUCUCUAUUGAAUAAGCCAUAAAUAAAGAAAGCUAUAAGCAUCUCAUACCAAUUUAUGAAAGUAUAAUUUAAUUGUAUUUAACCAGAAAUCGUAAAAGGUACUAACCAUUUUAAAGGGCAAGAAUCAAAAUAAAGCAAAAACAAUACUGAGGUGAAGAUUUAACCAACAAAACAAUCAUAACCAAAAAAAAUCGAACUUUUCAUAUAAAAGCAUUUUAAAGAUGUCAAAGGCGAAGUUAUUAAUUAAAUUCUAGAGAAAUGCAAUAAUAAUCAGAAAAAAGUAGUCAAGGCUAUAAAAGUAAAGUUAAUUCUUUAAUAAAGGCUUAUUCUUCAUUAUAAGCAGGAAUAGUAAACAAGAUAUUUAAUUUUGAGUCAUUCGAAAACUAUUACGAUUCCUCCAUCAAUACCACAAAGAAUGAAAACUACUCAAUGCUUACUUAAUUGCUUGAUCCGAGUGAAAUUAAAAUAUUUUUUUGA